UCCGCUCGGGCUCCGGAGGAAGCCACCGCCGCCAGUCUGAGGCAGGUGCCCGACAUGGCGAGUGCUGUGCUGCCGAGCGGAUCCCAGUGUGCGGCGGCGGUGGCGGCGGUGGCGGCGGCGGCGGCGCCUCCCGGGCUCCGACUCCGGCUUCUGCUGUUGCUCCUCUCCGCCGCGGCACUGAUCCCCACAGGUGAUGGACAGAAUUUGUUUACGAAAGACGUGACAGUGAUCGAGGGAGAAGUUGCGACCAUCAGCUGCCAAGUCAAUAAGAGUGACGACUCUGUGAUCCAGCUGCUGAAUCCCAACAGGCAGACCAUUUAUUUCAGGGACUUCAGGCCUCUGAAGGACAGCAGGUUUCAGUUGCUGAAUUUUUCUAGCAGUGAACUCAAAGUGUCGCUGACAAAUGUCUCGAUUUCGGAUGAAGGAAGAUACUUUUGCCAGCUCUACACUGACCCUCCCCAGGAAAGUUACACCACAAUCACAGUGCUGGUCCCACCACGCAAUCUGAUGAUCGAUAUCCAGAAAGACACCGCGGUGGAAGGCGAGGAGAUCGAAGUCAACUGCACCGCCAUGGCCAGCAAACCAGCCACGACUAUCAGGUGGUUCAAAGGGAACAAGGAGCUAAAAGGCAAAUCGGAGGUGGAGGAGUGGUCAGACAUGUACACUGUGACGAGCCAGCUGAUGCUGAAGGUUCACAAGGAGGAUGAUGGGGUCCCAGUGAUCUGCCAGGUAGAGCACCCUGCCGUGACCGGAAACUUGCAGACGCAGCGGUACCUGGAAGUACAGUAUAAGCCUCAAGUGCAUAUUCAGAUGACUUAUCCUCUGCAAGGCCUAACCCGGGAAGGAGAUGCGCUCGAGUUAACAUGUGAAGCCAUCGGGAAGCCCCAGCCUGUGAUGGUGACCUGGGUUAGAGUCGAUGACGAAAUGCCUCAACACGCCGUCCUGUCCGGGCCCAACCUGUUCAUCAAUAACCUAAACAAAACAGAUAAUGGUACAUACCGCUGUGAAGCUUCCAACAUAGUGGGGAAAGCUCACUCGGAUUAUAUGCUGUAUGUUUACGAUCCCCCCACAACUCUCCCUCCCACCACCACCACCACCACCACCACCACCACCACCACCAUCCUUACCAUCAUCACAGACACAGCAGCGACGACAGAGCCCGCAGUUCACGAUUCUCGAGCGGGUGAAGAAGGCGCCAUCAGAGCGGUGGAUCAUGCCGUGAUCGGCGGGGUCGUGGCCGUGGUGGUGUUCGCCAUGCUGUGCUUGCUCAUCAUUCUGGGGCGCUACUUUGCCAGACAUAAAGGUACAUACUUCACUCAUGAAGCCAAAGGAGCCGAUGACGCAGCAGACGCAGACACAGCUAUAAUCAAUGCAGAAGGAGGACAGAACAACUCCGAAGAAAAGAAAGAGUACUUCAUCUAGAUCAGCCUUUUUGUUUCAAUGAGGUGUCCAACUGGCCCUAUUUAGAUGAUAAAGAGACAGUGAUAUUGGAACUUGCGAGAAAUUCGUGUGUUUUUUUAUGAAUGGGUGGAAAGGUGCGAGACUGGGAAGGCUUGGGAUUUGCUGUGUAAAAAAAAAAAAAUGUUCUUUGAAAGUACACUCUGCUGUUUGACACCUCUUUUUUUUUUUUUUUUUUUUUUUUUUGGUUGGUUGGUUGGUUUUUUAAAAUUUUCAUUUCUUCCUACCAAGUCAAACUUGGAUGCUUGGAUUUAGUUUGGGUAGAUUGCAGAAAAUUCUGUGCCUUGUUUUUUUGUUUGUUCGUUGCGUUCCUCUUUUUAAAUUUUUUUUCCUGCUGUUUCUUUCUUUUUGUUUUUUUCCUUUGUGCACAUUUAUUUUGCCCAAAACUUUUGGGAUUUUUUUUUUUUUCCCCAAAAUCUCCCAUUUUGGAAUUUGCCUGCUGGGAUUCCUUAGAAUCUUUUUCCCCCGUAUUUUGUUGUUGUUUUUCCUUUCCUUUUUUGUCUAUUUUUUGAAGUAACUGCUUUCUGUUCAAGAUUCAGUUUCAUGAAAGGAGAACCAGCACAGUUUAGAUUUCAUAGUUCAGAAUUUAGUGUGUCCAUAAUGCAUUCUUACUCUGUUGUCGUAAAGAUUUGGGUGAACAAACAACGAGGACUCUUUGCUGCUACCCAUGUUUCAAAUACGUAGAGCAGUGAAGACUAGAAACGUAGACUGUGAUUCAGAAAAUGUUCUGUUUGCUGUGGAACUACAUUACUGUACAGGGUUACCUGCAAAGUGAGGCGUGUCACAAUGAGAUCGAAUCUGUCUUUAAUUCUGUGUCUGUAGACGGCUCAGCAUAGAGACCCCGCACUGUCCGGAAAGGUUUGGGGCGGAAGGGGCUCCUCCUUUUUCAACGCCCUAAACAGACCUGGCAGGUGAGGUCUGUUCCUUUUAUAUAAGUGGACAAAUUUGAGUUGCCACAGGAGGGGAAGUCGGGAGGGGGGGGGAACGAUAGUCCUGCUCUGGUUAUUUCUGUUUCAAACGAUUCCAUCCACCUUUCCCAAUCGGCCGUACUUCUCACUAAUUUGUAGGAAAAAAGCAAGUCCGCGUGGUGUGUGAAUGACUGGAUGGGACAGGGUUUGGUUUUUCGGGGGUUUUUUUGGGUUUUUUUUUUGGUUUUUUUUUUUGGUUUUGGUUUUGGUUUUGUUUUUCCUUUGUGUUUAGUUAGGAAGACAGUAGGAUGUGGCCUGCAUGUACUGUAUAUUACAGAUAUUUGUCAUGCUGGGAUUUCCAACUCGAAUCCGUGUGAAACUUUCAUUCCUUCAGAUUUGGCUUGACAAAGGCAGGAGGUACAGAAGAAGGGCCGGUAUUAUUCUCACACUGGUCUGCUGUCGAUCUAGUUCUCGAAAGGUCAGAGCAGAGGUGGAAAAACAGCAUGUAGGGAUUUUCAGUUACUUAAUCAAAACUCAAAUGUGAGUGUUUUUAUCUUUUUACCUUUCAUACACUAGCCUUGGCCUCUUUCCUCAGCCUUAAGAACCAUCUGCCAAAAAAUUACUGAUCUUCGCAUGAUGGCAGCCAUAGUGCAUAGCUACUAAAAUAAGUUACCUUGAACAUGUCUUAGAUGGGGAGCCUUGGGAAAAGGUAGAGGAGUCAAGUUACCAUUUACAUUUUUUUUAAAGAAAUGUGGGGAUUUUCACUGAAACGUCUAGGAAAUCUAGAAGUAGUCCCAAAGGACGAAAACUAAACUCUUACCAUAUGUGUUGGUAAGGCUCCAGACUCCAGAAUACAGUCCCUAUGGAAAGAUGGCAUCAAAAAAAGAGAUCUAUAUAUAUAUAAAUAUAUAUUAUAUAACAUUUUCAGUGAGUAAUUUUGGAUUUUGCAAGGUGCAUUUUUACUAUUGUUACAUUAUGUGGAAAAACUUAACGCUGAUUUAUUUAAGGGGGAAAAAAAAGUAUCAACUCUUUGUUAUUUGCAAGUGUGUUGAUUUUUCUUGUCUUUGUUUUAACCUUUGAUAGAACCAUUGCAAUAUGGGGGCCUUUUGGGAACGGACCGGUAUGUAAAAGAAAAUCCAUAUUGAGCAGCAUUUUGUUUCCCUCCCCACCCCACCCCCAUCCCUAGGCACUUAACCAAGACAAAAAGCCACAACGAACAUCCCUUUUUCGAUGAAUUUUAUAACGUGCAGCUCUAUCCCGAGCCCUUUAGUGCCCAUUCUGACCAUAGUAUAACCACAUCAAAGGGUGAGAACCAUUUAGCAUGUCGUUAAAAGGUUUUUUUCAGUUGUUCUUUUUUGGGGGGGGAGAAAAAGAAAACAACUACCAUUGCUCACCAAAUUGGCAUCUCAUUUUUGGGAACUUCCAUCUUUGUUUUGAAAAGUGUAUGGUAGUGCAGUGUUCCUGAUGUAACUUUCUGGCUUUUACGAUGUUGACAUGUCUCAGGUUCAUGUGUUCUGAUUGGUGUUUUUCCGUCUCAGGUAGAUUGCAAAGUGUAGGCCCCACGCAUUGGAAAAAAAAUUAAAAAUAAUAAUAAUAAUAAAGCAAAAACAGGAAAUUAUGGAUUUUAGUUGUAUAUUGGUUUAUGUAUUUUUUCUUAAGUAUACAGUGCACUGUUUGAAAUGUAUUGUUGAGUAUUACUUUGUACAGGUUGAUCACUUUUUUUAGAGUGAAGAAAGAACAAACUUGUUUUCUGUGUUUUUUAAAGGAAUAUAAAAUAAUGAAGGAUGUAUCAUUGAUGCCAAAUAAGCUUGUUCUUUAGUCAC